GCGGAGCCCGGCGACGGCGCGCAGACCUGGGCCCGCUUCGCGCGCCCUGCGGUGCCCGAGGCCGCGGGCCUCCUCCACGACACGUUCCCCGACGGCUUCCUCUGGGCCGUGGGCAGCGCCGCCUACCAGACCGAGGGGGGCUGGCGGCAGCACGGCAAGGGCGCGUCCAUCUGGGACACGUUCACCCAUCGGCCCCCCGCCGCCCCGGGCGACCCCCGCGAGGCCGGCCGGCCGUCGGGAGCCCCGUCGCCUUCGCCCCCUACCACUGGGGACGUGGCCAGCGACGGCUACAACAACGUCUUGCGCGACAUCGAUGGGCUGCGCCAGCUGGGGGUCACCCACUAUCGCUUCUCCAUCUCGUGGGCGCGGGUGUUCCCCAAUGGCAGCGCGGGCGCCCCCAACCGCGAGGGCCUGCGCUACUACCGGCGCCUGCUGGAGCGGCUGCGGGAGCUGGGCGUGCAGCCCGUGGUCACCCUGUACCACUGGGACCUGCCCCAGCGCCUGCAGGACGUCUACGGCGGCUGGGCCAACCGUGCCCUGGCCGACCACUUCAGGGAUUAUGCUGAGCUCUGCUUCCGCCACUUUGGCAGCCAGGUCAAAUACUGGAUCACCAUCGACAACCCCUACGUGGUGGCCUGGCACGGCUACGCCACCGGGCGCCUGGCCCCGGGAAUCCGGGGCAGCCCGCGGCUCGGGUACCAGGUGGCGCAUAACCUUCUUCUGGCUCACGCCCAAAUCUGGCAUCUCUACAAUACUUCCUUCCGUCCAACUCAGGGAGGCCAGGUGUCCAUUGCCCUAGGUUCCCACUGGAUCAAUCCUCGAAGAAUGACUGACCACAAUAUCAAAGAAUGUCAAAAAUCUCUUGACUUUGUCCUAGGCUGGUUUGCCAAACCCAUAUUUAUUGAUGGUGAUUAUCCCAAUAGCAUGAAGAGUAACCUUUCAUCUCUUCUGCCUGAUUUUACUGAGUCUGAGAAAAAGUUUAUCAAGGGGACAGCUGACUUUUUUUCACUGUCCUUUGGACCAACGUUGAGUUUUCAACUAUUGGAGCCCCACAUGAAGUUUCACCAACUAGAAUCUCCCAGCCUGCGGCAACUCCUCUCCUGGAUUGACCUGGAAUAUAAUCAUCCUCAAAUAUUUAUUGUGGAAAAUGGCUGGUUUGUCUCAGGGACCACUAAGAGAGAUGAUGCCAAAUAUAUGUAUUACCUGAAAAAGUUCAUAAUGGAAACCUUGAAAGCCAUCAGGCUGGAUGGAGUUGACGUCAUUGGGUACACAGCAUGGUCCCUCAUGGAUGGUUUCGAGUGGCACAGAGGCUACAGCAUCCGACGUGGGCUCUUCUACGUGGACUUUUUGAGCCAGGAGAAGAAGUUGUUGCCAAAGUCUUCAGCCUUGUUCUACCAAAAGCUGAUAGAGAACAAUGGCUUCCCUCCUUUACCUGAAAACCAACCCCUAGAAGGGACAUUUCCCUGUGACUUUGCUUGGGGAGUUGUUGACAACUACGUUCAAGUAGAUACCACUCUGUCUCAGUUUACUGACCCCAACAUUUACCUAUGGGACGUCCAUCACAGCAAGAGGCUUAUUAAAGUGGACGGGGUUGUGGCCAAGAAGAGGAAAUCCUACUGCGUUGAUUUUGCUGCCAUCCGGCCCCAGGUCGCCCUACUGCAGGAAAUGCACGUCACACAUUUUCACUUCUCCCUGGACUGGGCUUUAAUCCUCCCCCUGGGGAACCAGUCCCAGCUGAACGGCACAGUCCUGCAUUACUACCGCUGUGUGGUCAGUGAGCUGGUCCACGCCAACAUCACACCCGUGGUGGCCCUGUGGCAGCCUGUGGCCCCCCACCAAGGCCUACCUAGUCCCUUGGCCAAGCAGGGUGCGUGGGAGAACCCGCGCACAGCCCUGGCCUUUGCAGAGUACGCCAGACUCUGCUUUGAGGAGCUGGGCCACCUCGUCAAGUUCUGGAUCACGAUGAACGAGCCGUACACGCGCAACCUGACCUACCGCGCAGGGCAUCACCUUCUGAAGGCUCAUGCGCUGGCUUGGCGCAUGUACGAUGAGACGUUUAGACCCAGCCAGAAAGGUAAAAUAUCCAUAGCCUUGCAGGCUGAUUGGAUAGAACCAGCCUGCCCUUUCUCCCAAAAAGACAAGGAAGUCGCGGAGAGAGUGUUGGAAUUUGACGUUGGCUGGCUGGCGGAGCCCAUUUUUGGCUCUGGGGAUUACCCACACGUGAUGAGGGACUGGCUGAACCAAAGAAGCAAUUUUCUUCUCCCUUAUUUCACUGAAGAAGAAAAAAAGUUAAUCCAAGGCUCCUUUGACUUUCUAGCUGUAAGCCAUUACACCACCAUCCUUGUAGACUGGGAAAAAGAAGAUCCCUUAAAAUACAACGACUACCUAGAAGUGCAGGAAAUGACCGACAUCACUUGGCUCAACUCCCCCAGCCAGGUGGCGGUGGUGCCAUGGGGGCUGCGCAGAGUCUUGAGCUGGCUGAGGGUGAAGUAUGGAGACCUCCCCAUGUAUAUAAUCGCCAACGGGAUCGAUGAUGAUCCACAGGAGGAACAAGACAAGUUGAGGAUGUACUAUCUGCAGAAUUAUAUAAAUGAAGCUCUAAAAGCCUACGUACUGGAUGGUAUCAAUCUACGUGGAUACUUUGCUUAUUCACUUAAUGAUCGUUCAGCUCCAAAGUUUGGCUUCUAUCGUUAUGCUGCAAACCAGUUUGAGCCCAAACCAUCUAUGCAACUUUACAGGAAAAUUAUCGAUAACAAUGGUUUCCUGGGCCCUGAAACUCUGGGAAGCUUUUGUCCAGAAGAAUAUACCGUGUGCACUGAAUGCAGCUUUUUUCACACGCAAAAGUCUUUACUGGUUUUCAUUGCUGUUCUACUGCUUGCUUUUAUUGUUUCCCUUUCGCUUAUAUUUUACUACUCUAAGAAAGACCGAAGAAGUUACAAAUAGCCUGAACGUUCUCCCUCAUUUGUUUUGAGAUCAUUAUGUGCACACAUCAGCUGUGAACCAUGUGCACCUCUCAGUGUUGUGAAACUAAAUUUCAUACAUUUGGCCUCCGGAAAACCUUUGUGAGGCAUAUGGCGGAGGUUUUGAAAUGGGUGUAGUUUACUGUAAAGCACUGAAAAGGAGAAUAUUGUCUGUAUUUCUUCUCCUUUUUUGUUGAUUAAGAAAAUGACAGGUGUCAAAAUUUCUAUAACCUUCUGCAGGGAAAGUGUGAAAAAUGGUAACCUUUGUACAGAAAUGUGAAUGACAAGAUUAGGAAUACAGUGGCCCCUUGAGUUUCAACCCGCCUGACACAUGAACACCUUGAGUUAUGACCAGAAUUUUAGUUUUAGCUUAUGACCAAAGUCACGAGUUAGGACCUGAGUGCUGGCCGCUUGUGCUUCCAGAUGUUCUCAGACAGAGUGAACCAUUAAAGAGCUCUGGAAGGAACAUCACAGCAUCCUUUCCCGAGUGGGGCUCAUUGAGAAAUCCUGGGCCAGUGCCUCUCCAAGGAUGCUGAGAGCUGCCUGGGUACAGGGGAGAGAUUGGCAGGCUGUGUGGAGGAGCCUGAGUCUCCAACUGGCAGCUUUAGUUACACCCAGCCCUCGGGAAUGAAUGGAGUUCAUAAGUCAAGGUUCCACUCUGUUUUUAUCUGUCCUUAUUUUCAAAUUGCAAGCAUUAGAAUAAAAGGUUAAGUGCCAAGUCUCAACUGCCGGGAUGGUGCCUGAUGGCAAUGCCCCUUUCUAACUCAGUUUCCUAGGAAGACAGUGGCAGGACACACAAACAGGAGAGACAGCAAAGUGGCCCUAGGCUGGGACGUUCCUUUUAACAGCUAUAUUUCUGUUGAAUGCUGCUAAUAUUAUUUUACCUGAUUAAUGGUAUACUUAACAAAGUGUGCAGGUUUUUAUUUUGUUUCUAUGAAGUUUUGAAGCACUUUCUAAACCUUAGUUCCUGGGGGUGGGUGUGUGCAUAGGAGAUUCUCACUGAAUGUUUUCCAAACAAAGAAAGACAGACAGAAGAAAAGAAGAAGAAAGAAGACAUGAUUCAUAAGAGGAUGGGUUCUUCAGGAAGUAUGAGGCAGUUAUGAAAUGCAGCGUAGUGCACUGGCUUGAGGUAGAGAAAAGAAGGAAGAAAUGUUUAUGAUGAGCAACAUUAUGAUUAAUUUGAUUACACAUCCUUUGUUUUGAGCAGACCUUGGAAUGAAUGAGAUGACCUUUCCUGAGAAAAUAAGGAUAAAAUAAUAACUCAUCCUGUAAAGAGUGAUUCCAUUUUUUUGUACUUCAGACUAUGCCAUAAAUUUUCUGAAUUGAUAGUUUUAAAACUGAUUUUCGAAAGCAGUCAGGUCUGAUAACACUGGAAGCCUUGCUUUUGUGAUCUCUGAGAUUCAUUCUGUACUUUUGCAUAUGUGGAAGUAGCUUUGAACUAGUUUUUAGUUGAACUUUUACACGGAAACAUGCCACUGAUUUCAAUAGAAAGGGCUAACGAAGUCUACUCUUUUAAUGCCCUUUAAAUAAGUCUUGCUGAUCUUUAGACAGGGGAAGUCUCUCUAUUACACUGGAGUUGUUUUAUAGACAAGUCAAUAUUGUAUCAGGGAUGAUAAGCCAAUCAUAAUAGUCAUAAAUAACCUUGCUGACACAGGGUCAUAGUGUAUGAUAAAAUAUUGUACUGUAUUAUAUAUCAUCUGGAGAGGUGGUAUGAUUUUUUUCCAUGAAAGAUGAGCUUUUAGUGGUAUUCUUUGUAAAACUAGACUAAUUACUAAAAUCAGACACUAGAAAUACAAUCGUUUAUUUUAUGUAUAUAUUUUUCUGAAUGUAAGAGUAAUAUAUGUUAAUUGUAAAAAACUAAAAAAUAGAAACUAUAUGUAAAGAAAAAAAUAAAAAAGUAUAAUUUUACAAUCCAAA